UGUUGGGAAGUCGGGAUGACAACUGUAGAAAGCGGAGCUAAGUAGCUAGCUAGCGAAAUACUUUUCUAUUUAGCCCCCUUGUAAGUCAACCGUCCAUAGGAGAAAGGGACCGCAACUUGUUGAAAGUCGUUUAUUUUGCUCUUUUGUUUAUUUUCUCCGUAGCUAAUGGUAGCGCGGUUAUAUUUUAGGGACAUUAUUUGGUCUCGCUGCACCACAGAAAUAUAAGGUGGGUUGCUGCUAGCAAGCUUUCCCAAGUAGCGACGCGUAGCUUUUUCCUCCGCUACUGUUAGCCCGCUAGCUGGCGAGAAGAGAGGGGGACAAGAAAAAUGGAGUUGGACGAUGGCGUUCUUUACCAGGACGACUCUGGCAGUUCGGCGAUGAUGUCCGAACGGGUGUCUGGUCUGGCGAGCUCCAUUUACCGAGAGUUUGAACGGUUGAUCUGUCAGUACGACGAGGACGUUGUGAAAGAACUCAUGCCGCUUGUCGUCGCUGUGUUGGAGAACUUGGACUCGGUGUUCGCGGAGAACCAGGAGCACGAAGUCGAGUUAGAGCUUCUGAAAGAGGACAACGAACAACUUGUUACCCAGUAUGAACGGGAGAAAUCGCUCAGAAAAUCUACAGAAGAGAGGUACAUGGUGUUUGAGGACAGUCAGGACACGGAGAAGAAGGACCUUCAGGGUCGACUGGUGAUGCUGGAGUCUCACACACGUCAAAUGGAGCUCAAGACCAGGAACUACUCGGACCAGAUCGGCAGAUUGGAGGAACGAGAAGCCGAGAUGAAGAAGGAGUACAAUGCCCUCCACCAGAGGCACACAGAGAUGAUCCACAGUUACAUGGAGCACUUGGAACGUACAAAACACCAGCAGGAGACAUCGUCGGACACAAGCACAAGCAGAUCAAGGAAGGAACGUCCCAUCUCCAUGGGGUUAUUCCAGUUACCAGGAAGUGAUUUGACCCCUGACCCGCAGAGGGAAACCGUGGAAACGCCGUCUGAACCCUGGAGAUAUAACGACCUAAGCCACCCUUACUCCAACACCAGCCUUAAGUUGGGGGCGCCAGACUCCCCGAGCAGAGGGCAGAGGCUUUCGGCCAAUCAGCAGGCUGAACAGAACCAGGAUGAGAUGUUAAAUGCUAACCGUGGAGGCUCCAAGUCCAACACACCCAUGUCUCCUAAAGGGGGCUCCAGGUCGGGGACCCCCAUGUCCAGCCAAGGAGGAGGCUCCAAAAUGUCCUCGCAACAAGGUGGCUCUAAAUCAGCCACCCCCAUGUCUUCUCAAGGAGGGUCCAAAUCCGGUACCCCCAUUUCAUCUCAAGGGGUAGACUCUAUGUCAGUUACCCCAAUGUCCACGCAAAGCGGUUGCUCCAAAUCUGUCACCCCAAAGUCCAGUCAAGGGGGCGGGUCUAUGUCGGCCACUUCCAUGUCUACUUCCGUGUCUGACGUUGCCAUGGCGUCUGUGGAAACGCCCCUCCAGGAAGAGUUAGAGGAAGUGGGCAAGGGUCUGAACAGGAACCUGGACAGAAGCAACAGGAUGCCAGAGAACAUCAGCAGUAAGAACACCACAGUACAGGAGGGUCAGGAGGGACAGGACUCAGAGCUGAGAGGAGGGGCAGGACCUCUCACAGGCACAGACGCAGCAGAUGACAACACUGAGUCAUCGGAGGUGCAGGCCAUCAUAGAGUCCACUCCUGAACUGGACAUGGACCUCAGUGGCUACGGAGACACCAGUACUCCUACUAAAGGAGUAGGUAUAGAAAACAUGGCGUUCGACAGGAACACAGAGUCUCUGUUUGCGGAGCUGUCCUCGGCAGGACCCGACAUGGAAGUAGACAUAGCAGACAUGGACGAGGGGGCCGACCUGCUCGCAUGGGUGUCAGACUCAGACCGUAACUUCCUGGGUAUGGGUCGUGAAGUGGAGCACCUCAUCCACGAGAACACUCAGCUGCUGGAGACCAGAAAUGCGUUGAACGUGGUGAAGAAUGACCUGAUAGCGCGUGUGGAUGAGCUAUCGUGUGAGAAGGAGGUGUUGCAGGGAGAGCUGGAGGCUGUGACUCAGGCCAAGACCAGACUGGAGGAGAAGAACAAGGAACUGGAAGAGGAACUGAAGAAGGUUCGGUCCGUGGCGGAGGAAGACAAAAGGAAGACUAAGAGUGAGAACAGUGAGGAAGAUGCGGAUGUUCCUACAGCCCAGAGGAAGAGGUUCACCAGAGUAGAGAUGGCCAGAGUCCUCAUGGAGAGGAACCAGUACAAGGAGAGACUGAUGGAGCUACAGGAAGCUGUACGAUGGACAGAGAUGAUACGAGCAUCUAGAGAGAACCCUGCUGCCGCAGACAAGAAGAAAUCCAGCAUCUGGCAGUUCGUUUUCAGCCGGUUGUUCAGUUCAAGUGGCGCAGCGGCUAAGAAGCCGGCGGAGGCGGCUCCGGUCAACGUGAAGUACAAUGCCCCCUCCUCCCAGGUCCAGCCCUCCGUAAAGAAGAGGAGUGCAGCGCUGCAACAGUUACCCAGCGACAAGAGCAAGGCCUUCGACUUCCUCAAUGAGGAGUCUGAGGCAGGCAACAUGGUGUCUCGUAGGGAGCAGAAGAGAGCCCAGUACAGACAGGUGAAAGCCCACGUUGAGAAGGAGGAGGACAGCCGGGUACAGGCCUACGGGUGGAGCCUGCCGCAGAAAUUCAAGGUGGCCAACGGUGGUCAGACGUCAGAGAACAAGAUGAAGAAUCUACCUGUACCGGUCUACCUCCGACCACUGGAUGAGAAAGAUGCUACCAUGAAGCUGUGGUGUGCUGUGGGUGUGAACCUGUCGGGGGGUAAGACUCGUGACGGCGGUUCAAUAGUAGGAGCCAGUGUGUUCUACAGUGACCUGACCAGCCCUGGUACUGAGAGCCCUCAUAGCAAGAUAGGAUCACAGAGCAGUCUGGACAAACUGGACCAGGACCUAAAGGAGCAGGAGAAGGAGCGGCAUCACCAGGAGGAGCUGUCCUCUCUGGUGUGGAUCUGUACCAGUACUCAGGCCACCACUAAGGUCAUCGUCAUCGAUGCCAACCAGCCUGGGAACGUCCUGGAGAACUUCUUUGUCUGCAACUCCCACGUCCUCUGCAUGGCCAGCGUGCCAGGUGCCAGAGAGACCGACUACCCGGCAGGGGAGGAGGUACCCCAUAACCUGAAGGCGGGGUCAGGUGCUGAGGGCGGGACUCUGGAAGCCAGCACAACCAGCAGCGGCUCAGGGGGCGAAGCUGGAGUGCUGGCAGGGAUCAAUGUGGUUGGCUGCUCUACCGAGGGGGAGGUGGCUGCCCCCCAGACAGCAGUCACAGAGAAUGAGACAGACACCGACUCCAAGGCUGCAGAGGAGGCUACUGAAGCUACAGAGGCCAGUGCAGGUCCUGCAGGCCCGGAGCAUGACUUAAGUCAGAGGGGAGUCUACACUGAACAUGUCUUCACUGACCCUCUGUGUGUUCAGAGUACUAGUCCUGGGAAGACGCCAGCCAACUACACACAGAGGGAGUCUGAUCUGGUAAAGGAUGGUGUGAGCUCCAACCCUAACCCAGAGGAACAGGACCUGAUGAGAGAAGAAGCCCAGAAGAUGAGCAGUGUUUUACCUACCAUGUGGCUGGGGGCACAGAACGGAUGUGUGUACGUGCACUCGUCAGUGGCCCAGUGGAGGAAGUGUCUCCACUCUAUAAAGCUGAAGGACUCUGUCCUGGGCAUCGUCCAUGUGAAGGGGAGAGUGUUGGUGUCUCUGGCUGAUGGAACACUGGCUAUCUUCCACAGAGGAGUGGAUGGUCAGUGGGAUCUGACCAACUACCACCUGUUAGACCUGGGCAGACCCCACCACUCUAUCCGCUGUAUGACCGUGGUUCACGACAAGGUCUGGUGUGGCUUCAGGAACAAGAUCUACGUGGUCCAGCCCAAAGCCAUGAAGAUAGAGAAGUCGUUUGAUGCCCACCCCCGUAAGGAGAGCCAGGUGAGACAGCUGGCGUGGGAUGGAGAUGGUAUCUGGGUGUCCAUCCGACUGGACUCUACUCUGAGACUGUUCCACGCCCACACACACCAACACCUGCAGGACGUCGACAUAGAGCCCUACGUCAGCAAGAUGCUGGGUACGGGGAAACUGGGCUUCUCGUUUGUCAGGAUCACAGCUCUCAUGGUGUCCUGUAACUGUCUCUGGGUCGGCACCGGCAACGGAGUCAUCAUCUCUAUACCUCUCACUGACACCGAUAAGGUGACAGCGGGGCCAGGUAAACCUGGUGGAGUGAUCCGUGUGUAUGGAGAUGAGAACAGUGACAAGGUGACAGCUGGAACCUUCGUACCCUUCUGCUCCAUGGCUCAUGCUCAGCUCUGUUUCCAUGGUCACCGAGACGCCGUCAAGUUCUUCACGGCUGUCCCAGGUCAGGUGAUCCCGUCAGGUGCUGGCGAAGCAGCAGAGGUGGGGAGUGACAAGGGGGUAGGGGAGCACCCUCAACAGCAACUGGACAGGUCUGUUCUGGUGAUGAGUGGCGGAGAGGGAUACAUCGACUUCAGGAUGGGUGACGAGGCUGGGGAAACUGAGGAGCCACUGGAUGAGCACACUCUGAAGCUGCAGCCGUUCCUGGCUAAAGCUGAGAGGAGUCACCUGAUCGUCUGGCAGGUCAUGGGCAGUCAGGCCUGAACUUUAACCCCUGAUCUCUGACCCUGCCACAGAGAUUAGGAGUGGGAGGAGCCUGCUCAAAGCAGGAACAAGCUGCCCAAUCAGAUUCACUCUUCUGCAUGUUUCUUUUUGUUUUACGGUUAUUUGUUUAUUUAAUUUUAAAUUUGACUGAUUGUAUCGAAUUUUAAAUCUGAUACAAGCCUGUUGCUCUUCUAUCAUUACUAUAAUUAUUAUUAUUACUAUAAUUAUUAUUAUUGAAAACAAAAUCAUUUCUGUUUAUUUAAUUUUCUUAGGUCAUGUUUUGCACAUGGUUUUCUAUUGGACGCUUAGUGUCCAACCCCUCUGUCCAAAUACUGUGUGGUGAUUGGUGGAAUCCAUGUAUGUUCAGGGUGUGUCUUUGGCCACACCCUUGUCCUCAUCUCUGCUUCCUUUCAGUAAAGGACAGAGAGGAGACAAUACUGUAUGAAACUCUACGAGACACAGGAUAAUAAUGAUGUCUGUGUUUGAACUGCAAAACCAAAUCAACCGCAUGAUGUCUCACGUCGUCCAAUAAGAAAGCAAGGAUUACAGGACAAUCCAGCGAGGGAGCCAAUCCUCUGUCCUAAAUGACAUAGGUGUGCUCUUCUUGCAUGCUCAUUUGUGUUUAAUUUUGUGAGAACAUGGAUGUUGAUUGUAUGCAAGACAGUUUAAUCAAUUGUCAGUUUUCUGGACCUGGGAUCAGUGUUGUUCUCCAUGACUAUGAUGUAUGUUUAGGAAAACCUAAUAGAUCACAGAUCAAUCAUGUCUGUAGCUGCAGGGUCAGAGAAUCGCCCUAUUCCAAUACUUAAAAAUGCAUCCUCCCUUCCUAGGGGUAAUUACAACUGGGUUGGAUUGAUGAUUGAAAUAAUAGAAUGGAGACAGAUUAGUUAUUAAUUACCUCACGGAAGGUAGGUAGGAAGGCAGGGUUGCACUUUAAGAGUGUUGGAACAGGGUCUCUGACUUUAGUUUCUGGGCUGCUGCUCUCCCGUCUUCCUUCCCACCAGCUAGAGUUUGCAGACAUUUUACGAAAAUCAACGGCUGCCUUAGGUUUGAAAGUUACAAAAAAACAAAACAUUAUGGACUUUUGAAGUGUGACCGAGUAUUUAUACCUAUGUAAAAGGAUGUUACACAGACGGUUACCAAAGGAAAAUAAUUUCAGUUGAUCAGAAUAAUGUAAAUGUACGGCAUUGUAGCAGCAUUUUCAGCCAGUCUCUCUGUAGAUACAAUAAUAUUUUGACAGACAGUCUCUUUAUAAGGUUCAUGGUGUAUAGAUAGAUGGAUAGAAAGAUAUAUUUUUAAGCUAUCAUCUCUGCAAAUGAACUAAGAGCAUUUUCUAGAGAGCAGAGAUGUGAGAGUGUAUAAUAGCUGGUUUCUCUGCUUCUGGAGUCUUUUGUAUGCUGAGAGUAGAUGUUACCCAUAGGCACAGAUCUAGGAUCAAUUUACCCUCCAAAUCCCAACGUGAACAAUUAGGGGGGAACAACUCAACACUGACCUUAGAUAAGCAUCUAGGGGCAACGUCUUCCUUUUACCUUUUGUACACUAGGGGACAGGGUGACUGUGAACUCUGACCGAACAGGAUCCCUCCUGAUAGGUUGACAUGAUACUGAAGUGUUCAGAGACUAUUUUAAGCCUAUUUUUAUUAUUGACUUUUUGUACAUUUGUCUUUUUGACCCUAAUCUGUGGUUGCGUCUAGAUGGGGAGGAAGGUGUCAUUUGACACACUCGGUCGGUGUCUGGUCUGUGUACCAGCAGAUUGUGCUGGUGAGUGUUACUCCGGAGUCUGUCCUGAGGAGUGAACAAGGGUGUGUGUGCGUGUGUGCCUUUGUGCCUGUCAGUGUGUGUGUGUUUCUCCUCUCCAGGAGAAGAGGCGCCUCAUAUCGCAGUUUAGCCAUUUCAGUAUUUAUUUCUAUGAAAGAGCCUUUGCAGUUCAGAAUGUAACUUUGUACAAUAUGAAAUAUGACUAUAUAUGAAUAUAAAAUGUAUAUCAAACAUUGAAA